CACAAGUGGAACGCGCGAGACACAACUGUUCGAGUGCAUAUUUUGGAUAUUAAAAAUAAAUAAUUCAUCAUGAUGAAGAUUUUAUUAUUAGCAUUGACAGUUCUACAAAUUACCAUGAGAAUCACAUGCAUUCCAGCAUACGUGAUAUCUUCAUACAGUAAUGUCAGACUGCAGCAACCAACAUCUGCAGUUUUAUCAGUCGAAAGUCAAAUGCCAAUCGGGAUAAUGUUGAAUCCGAAAUUGGCCGACGAGCAACCAACACUAGUCGAUAAAAUGGAAAGUAUAUUCAUGAAGAGCGACCAAAAAACAAUAAAAAAUCUCAAGACGAUGAAUAUGGAUGAAAGUGAAAUGAUGGAGACUAUAAAUAAGCAAAAUUUAAGUCAAACACAAAACGAUGAUGAGAAUGUUUUUGAUGAAAGUGAUCUUGUUGCUGUAGGCAAUAUGGAACCGGCUGGCUUUUCGAUGGCUGUAGCGGAGAAUUGAUUUUUUUUUGUGUGUUGUUUAAUGUUUCGUGGAAAAACAUUUUGUUUUCG